UGAGAUCUUCAGAGAGCAGACAUCUCUUCACUACUACACACCAACAUGUCGGGGCUUCUGAGGACCAUCGCUAGCCGCGCUGCCCCUGUCCUGCGGGGACAGAGCGUCAUCCAGCGGGCUCAUCUCACCACUGGUCCCGCUAAAGACCCCGUCGGGCCUGCUGUGAAUUGCAUCGGAUUGGCCAUGUUCUCUCUGGCAAUCCUGGGACCAUCUGGAUGGAUCCUGGCCCACCUGGAGGACUACAAGAAGAAAGCAUAAAGUGGACAUUUUAACAGUCUAAAACCUGGUGAAUCCAGCCCCCCCCCGUCUCCAGAGAUAACCUGGGACCAUCAUCGUCAUGUUCCACGCCUGACAAGAAGGAGGAACAAGUUUUACAAUUCACUCUUCUACCUCUCCGUUAUUUCCACUCCAGAUUCCAGCAAGCAACGUUUCCAACACUUUGACUCUUAAGAAUACAGUGAAAAUUGAAUUGUGCAUCUUCCCCCAUACGGAGUAUGUUACAAGAUUAAAUUUUAAAACAACUAUGUUGCUCG